AUGCUGUUCAAACAAUUAAUAAAUCCAUCUUCCCUAAGAUGCUCCACUAGAUUCAUUAAACCAUCAAUUUUAUCCCGUCAAUACCAUUCAAAAGAUCAUAAAGAUGUUGAUGAAUUUAGUCUAACAAAACCACAAACUGAAAUAUUAGAAAAAGCUUUAGCAUAUGUUCCCAAAUAUGGAUUUCAACAUAAAGCCAUAUUAGAAGCUAGUCGUGAAGUUGGUUAUAGUGAUGCUAUCCAAUCUUUAUUCUCUCAUGGUACUUAUGAUUUAAUUCAUUAUCAUUUAGUUAAACAACGUUUAAAUUUACAAAAAUAUUUACAAACUGAGGAAUUCUUAAAAUUAAAUGAAUUGGGGAAAUUGAAAUUCUUGGUUAAGAAAAGAUUAUUAGCAAAUAAACCAUAUGUUGAACAUUUAUCUCAAUUACAAAGUUAUUUAAUAUUACCACCAUAUUUUAAACAAAGUUCAGAAGAAUUACAUAAUCUGAGUGAUGAUAUUGUUUUCUUUGCAGGUGAUAAAUCAAAUGAUUUCGCAUGGUAUACUAAAAGAUUAUCUCUAAGUUCAAGUUAUGUUGCUUUUGAAUUAUUUAUGUCAAAUGAUAAAAGUGAAGGUUUCCAAAAUACUUUACAAUUGGUUGAUAAAAGAUUAGAUUCAAUUGAUGGACUUGGUGGGUUUUAUAAUGAUUUGGAGGAAUUCAUUAAUUAUGGGUUCCACUCAGGUAUAAAUUUGAUCAAGAGUCAAGCAUCAAGAGGUUAA